AUGAAAAUCCUCAUCACAGGCGCCAGCGGCUUCGUCGGCCAAAUCCUCGCCCACCACCUCCUCGCCACAAACACAGCCACGCACCUCCUCCUCGCCGACCUACACACACCCCCGUCCCCGUCCCCCUCCUCACAAAACAUCACCUGCACAGCCGCAGACCUAACCUCUCGCGAUGCCUGCACCUCGCUCAUCGCCCAAAACCCGGAUGCAGUCUACAUCCUCCACGGCAUCAUGUCGAGCGGCAGCGAAGCCAACCUCGAUCUGGGACUGAGCGUAAACUUCGAAUCCGUGCGCACGCUGCUCGACACGAUCCGCACGCAGCGCCCAGGGAUCAAAGUCGUGUUUACGUCGUCGUGCGCCGUGUUUGGACGCGCGGCGGUGGAGCAUGUGGUGACGGAGACGGACGUGGUGCCUAUGCCUGAAUCGAGCUACGGGACACAGAAACUCAUGAUUGAGUUCCUCAUCAACGAUUACUCGCGGAGGGGUCUGAUUGAUGGGCGUGCGGUGCGGUUGCCAACCGUGUUUGUGCGGGCGGGGGCGCCGACGGCGGCGGCGUCGUCGUUCGUAUCGGGGAUUGUUAGGGAGCCUGUCAAGGGCAUCGAGGCGGAGUUGCCUGUGGAUCCGAAGAUAGGGAUUUGGCUUACGUCGCCGCGGACUUUGGCGGCGAAUUUGGUGCAUGCGGUUAAGGUGCCCAAAGAGAAGUUUGGGCAUUUUAGACAGGUGUUGUUGCCUGGGUAUACGGCGACGAGUGGGGAGAUUCUGGAUGCGUUGGAGAAGGUUGCGGGGAGGGAGACGAGGGCAUUGGUGAAGGAGAAGAGGGAUGAGGGGACGGAGAGGAUUGUGCUAAGUUGGCCGGCCAAGUACGAUACUACUCGGGCGAAGGAGCUGGGGUUUAGUGAGGAUGUGGGGCUGGAGCAGACGAUUAGGGAUUUCAUUGAGGGAGAGAAGUCGAAGGCUGAGUCAUGA